CUAAUUAAUGUCAUUAAUCACACCUGUGCUUUCCCCGCUACCACGUGUCAAACCGUGCAAAUGGAAAGGGAUUAGCCUUAGAACACAAAGUAAACGGCUAAUGUUAACGGAAUAGGUUUCGAUACGUUCUUCACAACCCUUGAGAAAUUGCCUAUUAACACUUUGACGCACUCGUGAAGCUGAAAGUUCAGUGUACUCACCACACCGGCAGUGUCAUCACGCUGCAGACAAGCAUCAACCUCUACUGAAUGAAAUAGGCUUGAAGAUGCCAGCCAAAACACAUGGAGCUGGAAUCUUCCUGGAGAUGAGGAAAAGGCUUCAGAGUGGACUACUGAUUGUCGGGAAAGAUGUAGCCAGAGGUCCUGGUGAUGUAGUUGUGACAGGUGGUGAUUCCUCCCUGUGCAUUCGGACUCCGCGAGGCGAGCUGGGCCUGGCUUUGCCCACAGGAGUCACCUUGGAGCAGGGCUCUUGCGUUCCAACGCCCGCGGGAGAGUUCAGUGCAGAGGAGCUGCAUUACAGACUGCGCAUCAAUGUCACACAAACCUCAGAUGAAGAGGCUGCUGACAGUGUGAUGGAGACACUCCGGGCAAAAGAAACUUAUUGCUUCUACUGCCAGCGCUGCAUGACCAGGCUGCUUGAGGACAGAGUAUUUAAACGAGUUCUUCCUCUCCCUAAUGGCAACUGGAACGCCAUUGUGGACGACUGGUGUUGCCACCCAGAUCCAUUCGCUAACAAGAAAAUGCUGCCCAGAGAAGAGGAUUGUUUACUGGGUGACACCUUCCUCCUCCUAGCCAGAGAUGACACCUGUGAACAGACUCUCACUGUUCAACUGAGCCCUGUUGACACAGAGGACAGUCAAGAUCCAAAGAAACCCUGCCGCCGGCUGGCACUCGUCUCCUGUAAGAGCUGUUCUUCAGUGCUGGGAGAGGCUGUUGCACCAGAGACCCUGAAACUGUAUGUCACCCAGGUGGUGGUGGAGCUUGUAGUGGGAGGCAGAACACCAGAACCUUCACUUAACAGAUCUCUCUUCCUGGAGAGGAUUGUAGCAGCCAGGCUGCUGGUGCUGUCCACCUCACUGAGCACCUUCCACUUCUGUGUACAGACUUCAGAUGGAAACGCUUUCUUAUUGCUCUGGCUACUCAACAUCGACUCCAUCAUAGCGUCAGUCCCACAGGCAUGUAUUGGGGGUGAAAGGUCUGUCAGCUCUCCUGGACUUCACACUUCAUCACCCAGAGCCGCCAGAGCCCUGAAGCUCCUCUAUGUGGCCUGCUCCAGCACAAGCACCCAGCAGAGAGACAUUGUAACCAGCUGGGAGGUCAAUGCCAUAGGACAUCCUUUGGUGCUGCCGCUGAAGGUGUGUGAGGAGCUGCUGCAAGUGAUAGAUGACAGCAACUCUAAACUUCCCGCAUCGAUGCGUUGCAUGAGGUCCUAUGAGGUGGGAUACCUGAGAUUGUGAGGUCGAAGACCAGAUGCCAAGCAUAUCGACUCACUGCUGUCAAGAAUUGAGGAGGACCUGUUAAGAAAGUCGACCUUGUACAUCUAGGUUUGUACUCUGUUUUGGUGCCGUCUUGCAUGGUUUUCCAGUGAAGUACAACAGUGGAGAUUAUAGCAUAAUAAAAUGCAGCAAGCAUGUAAUAGCUUGUUAAGUUGUGGCUUCUGGUUGUCUGUGUCAGCAUGUUUGGAAGUGCGUCAUCACCUGUGAACAGAUUCAUGUUGACACAGGUUGUUGCUGGGCUGCUACUGUAAAUCUGAACACAUAUCCAGUAAGAGCAAAACUGGAAGAAAAUGACAUCAAACUUGGUUUUCAUACAGUCAAGAGCUGCGAUUAUUUGUAAAGUUUUUAGUUCUAAUGUAUAACUAUACCAAAAUGCUUCAUAAUUGUUAAACAGCCUAUAUGUGAACACAUGUUUGAGCAUCCCUAAACUUUAUUUUGUAUUUUUCUGGCCAUUCCCAACAAAACAGAUUAAACUGUUGUAUUUUUAAAAGUAUCGCCUCUUUUUUUUUUUCUUUUCUUCAGUUUACUGGAGCACACUGCUGGUUGAUGUGUUGGACACUGUUCUUGAUUUGGCUCAUGAUGAAAGCUUAAUGUAGAGGCACUUCAGCCCCAGGGUACAGCAGUGCAUCCUCCACUUAAGUGUAAUUACAGCUUGUGGAGCUAGGUGAUUUCUGUCUAGUUUGGGUUUAUUUGGGAGUGUUUGUCAGUGAUUGAUGGUAUUUAUGUAACAUGCAUGCUAGCAAGACUCAGUGAGAAAAUGUAUAAUUAAACUCUGAAAAUGGGCCUUUUAAUUUGAAAUGUUACAAACUCCUCACCUUCUGAAUGGGCUGGUCAAGUAGUUCUCACAAUAUGUCAGUGCUUUAUAGCCACAACAGCCAUGUGGAUGUUUUGGAUGGCAGUUUUACUCAUGUCAUCGGUCCAACAACUUAGUUCGGGCUAAAAUAUCUAUUGAAUGUACUGCAUUAAAUUUUGUACAAUUUUAUAUCCUUCUUUC